ACUGAGGCAUUUCAGACGUGGGCCGAGCGAGAGCGAGAGCGAGCGAGGAGCUCACGGGCUCCGGCGAUCUCUCGAUAAGCCACCUAGAGGCGACUCUGCGCGCGCUCCCCGGUGGCUCCCGCCCUCCCUCGGAUCAUGUUGACAUAUUCACAGGACGGGCAGUAGUACCGCUGCGGCGCUGCGACGUUACAGUUUCCGACACCUUCUUUUUAUAACUCGGCUCUAUCCCCCAGCACUCGACCUGUGAUAACCACGCCUAUGCAGCCACACAAUUGGUCCGAAAGCGUCAAAGAGCCAAUCAAGAGGCCUCCGGCUCCCCGCAGCCCACAGCGCAGCCCGACCUUCUAGAGCCGCCGAGCAGACGCCGGGGGAAUUCUAGAGGCGGAGGAGGGUGGCGAGCAGCUCGCUCUCGCCUCUCCGCGCCCUCCCUCGCGCCCGCCCUCUCCUCGCCGGCGCCGGCUCCCUCUGUCUCCCUCUGCUUCUCCUCUCUCCCUCCUAAGCGUUUCUCCCCUCUCGAUCCUCCCUGCCCUGCGCGCCCGGACGCGGAUUUCCGAAGCGAAUUCGCUCACGGUUUCAGACCAGGCAGAGAGCGAGGAGACCCGGCAGAGGCGCACUGCGAGAUUGGGACUGAAACAGAGACCCCCUCUCCGCAGCUCGGAGCGGAGGAAGGAGGAGGAGGGCGGACGGAAGCCAGUUUGCAUGCAGUUCAAGUUUUGAUAGCGCUGGUUGGAAGGGGCUUAAAUCCGCUUGUGUUUUUUUUUUUUUUUUUUUUUAAAGGAGAGAGAUUUUCUGCUCUCUUGCUCCCCGGGUAAAGCCGAGUCCAGCGCAUUUGCAGACGCCUCCAGCGAGAAAGGGAGAGGAAGAGAUAAGGGGGCGGGGGAAGAAAAAGAAGAAGAAGGAAAGGUAAAAAGUCUUCCAGGAGAACCGUUCGCGUGUGCAACAAAGACCUUGGGGGCUGGGGAGCGAUCCGGGGACCGAGGGCUGCAGUGUCCGCCCCGAGCUCAGCGGCAGGGCUCCGGCGCGAGCUUCCGAAAGCGACUUCCACGGGCGGCUCUAAACACGCCAGCACCGCGACAGCCUCCCGGCCACUAUGUCUCCUGAUUUGUCGCCUUGCCCUCUUUAGAAGCGGCAGUCCCCCUCCCCGAAAGACACUAUCCUCCUUUCUUCUAAAGCCCUUUAGUUAUUUCUUCCUCUUUUUGUUUUGUUUUGGGGUUUUUUCUCUUAAAAAAAAAAACUAUGCGCUGCUGCUGAACAACAACAACAAAAAACAGAAACAAAAGCAAAAACGAGACAACAGCUGCGGACUUGUGCCUGCCUGGAGUGCAUGAGCCUCUCCAUGAGAGAUCCGGUCAUUCCUGGGACGAGCAUGGCCUACCAUCCGUUCCUACCCCACCGGGCGCCGGACUUCGCCAUGAGCGCGGUGCUGGGCCACCAGCCUCCCUUCUUCCCCGCGCUGACGCUGCCUCCCAACGGCGCCACAGCGCUGUCGCUGCCCGGCGCCCUGGCCAAGCCGAUCAUGGAUCAAUUGGUGGGGGCGGCCGAGACCGGCAUUCCUUUCUCGCCCCUGGGGCCCCAGGCGCCUCUGAGGCCUCUGAAGGCCAUGGAGCCUGAAGAAGAGGUGGAGGAUGACCCCAAGGUGCACCUGGAGGCCAAGGAACUUUGGGACCAGUUCCACAAGCGGGGCACCGAGAUGGUCAUUACCAAGUCCGGCAGGCGAAUGUUCCCUCCAUUUAAAGUAAGAUGCUCUGGGCUGGAUAAAAAGGCCAAAUAUAUUUUACUGAUGGACAUUAUAGCAGCUGACGACUGCCGAUAUAAGUUUCACAAUUCCCGGUGGAUGGUGGCGGGUAAGGCUGACCCUGAAAUGCCAAAGAGAAUGUAUAUUCAUCCGGACAGCCCCGCUACCGGGGAGCAGUGGAUGUCUAAAGUCGUCACGUUCCACAAACUGAAACUCACCAACAACAUUUCCGACAAACACGGAUUUACUAUAUUGAACUCCAUGCACAAAUACCAGCCCCGCUUCCACAUCGUAAGAGCCAACGACAUCUUGAAACUCCCUUAUAGUACAUUUCGGACAUACUUAUUCCCUGAAACUGAAUUCAUCGCUGUGACUGCAUACCAGAACGAUAAGAUAACGCAGUUAAAAAUAGACAACAACCCAUUUGCAAAAGGUUUUCGGGACACUGGAAAUGGCAGGCGAGAAAAAAGGAAGCAGCUCACCCUGCAGUCCAUGCGAGUGUUUGAUGAGCGACACAAGAAGGAGAACGGGACCUCAGAUGAGUCCUCCAGCGAGCAUGCAACCUUCAGCUGCUUUGCCCAGGCCUCUUCGCCGGCAGUGUCCACUGUAGGGACCUCGAACCUCAAAGACCUGUGUCCCAGCGAAGCCGAGAGCGACACGGAGGCCGAGAGCAAGGAGGAGCACGUCCACGAGGCCUGCGACGCGGCCAAGAUCUCCACCACCACGUCGGAGGAGCCGAGCCGCGACAAGGGCAGCCCGGCCGUCCUCAAGCCGCACCUCUUCGGGGCCGAGCCCAGCGGCCGCGCCCGGGACAACGCUCGAGCGGACAAGGCGUCCCCGGACUCGCGCCACAGCCCGGCCACCAUCUCGUCCAGCACCCGCGGCCCGGGCGCCGAGGAGCGCAGGAGCCCGGGGCGCGAGGGCGCGGCGGUGGCCAAGGCCGAGGAGGCGCGCGCGCUGCCCGGCAAGGAGGCCUUCGCGCCCCUGUCCGUGCACUCGGACGCGGCCGCCGCGCACCUGCAGGGCCCGCUGCCCGGCCUCGGCUUCGCCCCGGGCCUGGCCGGCCAGCAGUUCUUCAACGGGCACCCGCUCUUCCUGCACCCCGGCCAGUUCGCCAUGGGCGGCGCCUUCUCCAGCAUGGCUGCGGGCAUGGGGCCGCUCCUGGCCACCGUGUCUGGCGCGUCCUCCGGCGGCGUCUCGGGCCUGGAUUCCACCGCCAUGGCCUCGGCAGCCGCGGCGCAGGGACUGUCCGGGGCCUCGGCGGCCACCAUACCCUUCCACCUGCAGCAGCACGUCCUGGCCUCCCAGGGCCUGGCCAUGUCUCCCUUCGGAAGCCUGUUCCCUUACCCCUACACCUACAUGGCCGCAGCAGCAGCCGCCUCCUCCGCGGCCGCGUCCAGCUCCAUGCACCGCCACCCCUUCCUCAGCCUGAACAGCAUGCGGCCGCGGCUUCGCUACAGCCCCUACUCCAUCCCGGUGCCGGUGCCCGACAGCAGCAGCCUGCUCUCCACCGCGCUGCCGGCCAUGGCCGCGGGGCCUCUGGACGCCAAAGCCGCCCUGGCUGUCAGCCCCGCCUCGGUUGCAGCCGUGGACUCGGGCUCGGAGCUGAACAGCCGCUCCUCCACACUGUCCUCCAGCUCCGUGUCCCUGUCUCCCAAACUCUGCUCGGAGAAGGAGGCGGCCACCAGCGAACUGCAGAGCAUCCAGCGGCUGGUCAGCGGCUUGGAAGCCAAGCCCGAGCGGUCUCGUAGCGAGUCCCCCUAAACCCCUCCCCAGAAAAGUCUUCAUUCCAGUUCAAUCAAGUCUGCAGUGCACUUUUUUGGGGAUGUAAAACAAACCACAGGGCCUGCUGUGGGCUUCCCCCGUGCUUUGGGGCCGGUGUCUGGGAAGGGGCACCGGACUCCCUGGAGAGAGGCCAGCGCUCCAGCCAGGCCCUGUCUUCUCAGUGUGGUUUAUGUAUCCGGGAUCUGGCUCGCAUUCUGGGGGCUCGGAGACGGCUGUUGCAUUGAGCAAUGGGGGGGGCGGUGAGAAGAAUUUUAUUCCAGAACAACUUCCAUCGAGGCUGGUCUGGAAGCUGUGGCUGAAGAAAAGUAGCCAGGCCCACCAGGGGGAGGGGAAGUGUUGAAAGCCAUCUUCCUCCACAUGGAUUUAUAUAUAUAUAUAUAUUUUUUUUUUUUCUUUCACUCUGUCAAGUGGAAACAAAAAUUUAAAAAAAUUUUAAAACGGGGACAAAUGAAUCCAUGAACAUGAUUCUGUUUAUGAAGAUUGAAAACUUUAUAAGUGACUUGCAAAUCAGUUGUCAAUUGCUGGGCUGGGCAGUGGGAUGGGGGUGGCAAGUCCUCACCAUUCUUGUUUAAUCUAUACUAAGAAAAUUGUGUCUUUUUAAUAUUCUUGUGAUGUUUUAAGAGCCGCUGUAGGUCUCUUCCUGCAUGUGCCACAGUCAUGUAUUUGUGGGUUUUUAUUUUGGACGCUUGCUUUUAGAGAGAACGGCCUAACCCACCCCCUUCCCUCAAUCCUGUGCCCUCACCCCAAAGAAAUGGGAUGGGGGGCUUCCAGGGAAGGGGUUGGGAAAACAAAAACCGAAUUUAUUUUAUCUAAGCUCUGUAGCAGGAUUCAUGUUCCUCUUUGGCAGUUCGUUCUCUUUCCUGUAUAUGCAAUAACAAGGUUUAAAAAAAUAAUAAAGAAGAAGCGAGACUAUUAGACAAAGUAUUUAUGUAAUUAUUUGAUAACUCCUGUAAAUACGUGGAAUAUGAAUGCUCUGAAAAUUAAACUUUAAUUUAUUGACGAUUGUACAUAGCUCUAUGUAAAUAGGAUUGCAACUGUCCAGUUUUGUUCUUGUUUUUCUUGAGUUGGUUUUAUUUCCAGGUCAAAGGAUUGCUGUUCACACUAGGAGACAGAGUUCCCGCACCAACACUUACUCUCAAAAGAAGCUUUCUGCAAAAUUAUUUUUCUUCUUUUUUUCAUCUCUGAGGGUGCAGGGAAAGUGCUAUUUCCUAUUUUAGCCAGAAGUGGGGAGGGGCUUGGCACUUACCCGCUCAGCAUUAAAUUCCUUAAAAUCUAACACCCUGGCUGGGGUCUGAGAUUGCUUUGGGAGGGGGAGGCUGAGGAGGUUUGAUUUCCUAACUUUUCUUUUGUGUUUGUAUUUGCUAGUUUCUGAUUUCCUCAAAACGAAGUGGAAUUUACUGCUGUUGUCAAUUUGGUGGCGUUUUGAACUGAUGCCUAAAAAGGGAGAAAUUCACAAUUCAAAUGUUAGGUGCUCAGAGCUGGUUUGGAAAGACAGAAACCCAUGAAGGUAUCUUUUGUGUUUUAGCUGUUGAUGAGUUCUUUGGUUUUCUGUGUAACACCCCCCCUUUAAAACAUCACUGAAAUUUCAAUAAAUUUUUAUUGAAAUAC